CCCAGAGUCCAACUGCAAUGGCCUCACCAACUCCAUCACGGAAAAUGGAAGAAGAAGCCACUUGUUCCAUCUGCCUGGAGUAUCUGGCAGAGCCGGUGACCAUAGACUGUGGGCACAACUUCUGCCGAGCCUGCAUCACCCAGUACUGUGAGCACGGGAAGCCUGAAUCCGGCACUAAGUUCCCCUGUCCUGAGUGCCGAAUGCCAUUUGAGAAAGGGAAAUUCCGGUCCAACAGGAAGCUGGCCAAUAUUGUAGACAACAUCAAACAACUGAGGUUAAAGCCAGGGAAAGGACAGGAGAAUCUGUGUGAGCGACACCAGGAAAAACUCAAACUCUUCUGUGAGGAGGAUGGAGAAGCCAUCUGUGUGGUUUGCAGGGAGUCCCGGGAUCACCGAGUUCACACUGUGCUCCCCAUUGAGGAGGCCGCCCACGAUUACCAGGUGAAACUCCAGGAAGCCCUGGGCACGCUGCUGAUGGAGCUGGAGGAGGCCCUGGCGCUGACAUCCGAAGAGGAGAAGAAAUCCGUGGAGUGGCAGGGCAAAGUGGAGAAUUGGAGACGGUCGAUCACACGUGAAUUUAAGACGCUGCACCAGCUUCUGAGUGAGGAAGAGCAGCUGCUCCUGCGGAGGCUGGCGGAGGAGGAGCGGGAGACUCUGCAGAGACUACAGGACAAUAUCACAAAGCUCUCGGAGCAGAGUGCUGCACUGAUCAAUUGCAUCACAGAGCUAGAGGAGAAGUGUCAGCAACCGGCCACUGAGCUGCUGCAGGGUGUGAAAAGCACAUUGAUCAGGAGUGAGCAUGUGAAACUCCAGCCACCAGAAGCCGUUUCUCCUGCCCUGAAGAGCGGGUAUAAAAUCUGCCUUGACAUGAGGGGAAUGCUGGAGAGAUUCACUGUGGACGUGACUCUGGCUCCAGACACGGCAAAUCACUGGCUUGUCCUGUCCGAGGAUCGGAAACGUGUGAGACAUGGAGAGACACGCCAGGAUCUGCCCAACAACCCUGAGAGAUUUGAAACUUCUGCCUGUGUCCUGGGCGCCGGGGGGUUCGCGGGCGGGCGGCGUUACUGGGAGGUGGAGGUGGGAGAUAAGACUGAAUGGGCUCUGGGGGUUUGUAGGGAAUCUGUGAGCAGGAGGGGGCAGGUCACAGCAGCACCUAAACAUGGAUACUGGAUAUUGUGUCUGAGGGGUGGGGAAUACAAGGCCCUGACCUCCCCUCCAACCCGCCUCCCCGUGAGCAUCAGCCCCAGCCGGGUGGGGGUUUUCCUGGACUAUGAGGGGGGCGAGGUCUCGUUUUACAAUGUGACUGACAGGUCCCAUCUCUUCACUUUCACUGACACCUUCUCCGGGACGCUCCGUCCUUGCUUCUAUCCUGGUUACAAUGCUAGGGGUACAAACGUCGCUCCCCUGAUAAUCUGCCCGGUCCCAGCUCAAGCCAGAGGGAACUUCUGGAGCCCCCCCCGGGGGGGGCACCGGGUCACAGCCUGGCCAGCCACAUACCCCAGUUCCCCCCUCACCGUGCUCGGAUUCUGCGGCUUCCUGGCGUGUGAGCUGCUGCCGUCGCCACUGCCCCUGCCGGAGGGCUCCAGCAAUCUGCGGGAGACAGAGGCGGCGGGCGGCAUCCGAGUGCGCAGCCACCUCCUCCCCGGGCUCCAACUUUCCUGGCUCCUGCCGCUCUCCAGCCCCUGCCCUUCCAGCCGGAUCGCCGGAGCCCAGCGUCGGCUCCUGCCCUGGGAGCGGAAGCAGGAGUUGGCGCAGGACUAG